AUGACAUCUAGAACAUUAUUUCCACUGCCGUUUUCACUACCACCGUUCAGUCGCCUCAGAAUUAUCAGAAGAUUGAAUGCGAUUUAUCCUAAAAAACCUGCCACAAAUGAAAAUUCAGAAAUACCUCCGUUAGGAUCGCCAGAUGAAAAUGACCAAGCGCUUGAAAGUAUCGAUCACAUUGGCAUUCUCGGACUUGUCAGCGCGCUCUCAGUUGCUGCUAUUCUUCUCGGCUUUUUCAGCUUAAUCUUUGGUCUUCAACCGGAAGUACCAACUGGUACCAUCCUUCUCUACAGUGGGACAUCAGCAGCUUUACUAGGUCAAAACGAUCGAUGGUUAUUCUGUAAUGGAUCAGAAGUAUCGCGUCAAACCUAUCGAAACUUAUUUAGUGUUAUUGGUACUAUAUACGGAAGCGGUGAUGGCGUUAACACAUUUAAUCUACCUGAUUUACGGGCUCGAUUUCCGUUAGGUAGCACAUUAAGCAGUGAUGUGACCAUGCUCUCUGGCGGAUCUUCAACACACACGAUUACGGUUGCUGAGAUGCCUUCACAUAGCCAUGAUCAAGGAUCUUUAGUUACCUCGUACAGCGGUAGUCAUACACAUAAUUACACGGAUCCUGGACAUGAUCAUGGUGGAUCAACAGGUACUCAACCAUUAGGUGCUGGUAGUUCUGCUAUGAUUGGUUCCGGUUUUCCGGGUAAUGGCGCUGGUACACAUAGUCAUUCGAUUUCCAGCGGUAAGACAGGCAUUACAAUCAACACAGUUGGCGAUCACAACCAUACGAUUAGUGGAUCGACAGGCACAACAGGAUCGGGUCAAGCUAUGAGCUUGAUGCCACCGUAUCAGACAGUUCAUUACAUUAUUCGAACAUGA